GAUCCUCUGUUGUUAGACGCUUCCUCUCUCCGUCGGCGAUCUUUCAAGAGAAUGGAGAAUAACGCAUUGAAAGAUGAAAACGAACACCAAGAAAUCUUCGAACCCUUUGUUUGCUGUGUUUGCCUGGAUCUAUUACACAAGCCUAUUGUGCUAUCUUGUGGUCACAUAUCCUGUUUCUGGUGUGUCCAUAAAUCAAUGAGUGGUUUGCAUGAGUCUCAUUGUCCGAUUUGUAGGCAUCCAUACUAUCACUUUCCAACGAUCUGUCAAAUGCUUCACUAUUUGCUUCUUAAGAUCUAUCCUGAUGCUUACAGGAGGAGGGAAAAGGAGAUGCUUGAGAAAGAAGAGGAUAUGGGCUGUUUCUCCCCUCAGUUUGAUGCUUGUACAUGUGGAUCACAAGUUGUAUCUGAUCACCCUGGGAUUUCACCUUCCUGUAACAUUAAAAAUUCAGUGUCCAACUCAUGCAGCAUAGAAUCCUUUGGAAGUAUGGAGCAAUCAGGAUCUGCAACUCAUAAAGGAGAUGAAGACAGUCAAGGCACCACCAUAUAUUCUGAGCACUCUUCUGACAGAACACCUGAAGUUAUCGGGACUCCUGAUGAUGAAAAGAAAUUACGUAAUAAUGAUCACAAUCAACAAGAAAUAUUAAUUGCAGAUGUGAUGUGUACAAUGUGCAAGCAGCUUCUCUUUCAUCCAGUUGUUCUUAAUUGUGGUCAUGUAUACUGUGAGACUUGUAUAAUUAACGUAGCUGAAGAGAUGCUUAGAUGUCAUGUUUGUCAAAGUCCACAUCCAAGAGGAUUACCAAGAGUUUGUUUGACGCUUGAUCACUUUUUGGCUGAGCGAUUUCCAAAUGAAUAUGCUCAGCGAAGGGAUGCAAUUCAACUUGCCCAAAUCAAAGUCAAACCUGAGACCACAUCAUGUUCUUUGCAUAAUGGUAAAGGAGGAACGAUAUCGCCAUGGUCUGAUCCCAGAUUGAACACUCAUGUAGGAGUUGGUUGUGAUUUUUGUGGGAUGUACCCAAUAACUGGGGACAGAUAUAGAUGCCUUGACUGUAAGGAGCAGAUUGGUUUUGAUCUUUGUGGUGAUUGCUAUAAGACCAGCUCAAAGCUUCCUGGCCGAUUUAAUCAGCAGCACACCCCUGAACACAGGUUCGAGCUUCAAUGAUAUUAUGGGACAGUUAGUUGGCAGUUGAAUGAGAAAGAGUCGCCAUAAAAGUUUGUAAUUAUAGCUGAUGAUCCUGCUUUGGCUAAUGAAGAGGAUGACCAGAAUGACUCCGAAACCAUGAUUUGAAAAACUGAAAUCACAAAGUCCCAUUAUCUUAUGGUGUAAUUUCUUGCUACUCUGACAGGAUCCAAUGAAUCAUGUGAGUUGGCAUUCCAACUGAGUUGGCAUUUCUGUUUCACAUGGCCUUAAGUGAUUUUUCCUGACUUGGACAUAUUGGUCUUUAUUUUCAUAUCCCAAUUCUGUCUGGCAAUUUGUGACUCUUUUGUAUCGAUGACAUUAGAUACAGGCAUUUGUGUUCACUCAGGACUUGACCUACCUGCCUAUAUUUGACUGUAUUUGAUUAGGUAGCAUAGGUAUUUCUGAGUUUGCCUGAGAAUGUGUAUAUUAUAAUAAUUGAUAAAAGAAAAAGAAUUUAUAUACC